AUGGAGAAGCAUGGCAACAGCUGGAGUCGAGGAGUAGAGGGAGAGAAACAGCAAGAAGCCAUUCGGCCAGAGAGAAGAAAAUUCUCUCAAGUUGUCUUUGCUUUUGGAAUACUCCGUCGUCUCCAAACUGGGUGUAGGCAUGGCCAAACCAGUAUAAAUCUUGGUGUUCUUGUUGGGUUGGUUGACGCUUCCGCACAACAUAUACUCCUACUUCCAGAAAGGAAGUCUCGCCUAUACAUCUCUCUCUCUCUCUCUCUCUUUCAUCGACUCAAAGGAAAGGAAGAAGCUGCGAGAGAGAUGGAGUCGGACGAAGAACAAGAGUGGGUCCCAUUGAAGAAUAGACCGGAGUGGUCGGACGUCGUUCCGGUUGAGCAAGACGACGGCCCGAACCCGGUCGUCCCCAUAGCCUACAAGGAAGAGUUCACAGAGACCAUGAACUACUUCCGAGCCCUCUACAGAGCCGAUGAGCGAUCCCUUCGUGCCCUUCAGCUCACCACGGAAGCCAUCAAAUUGAACUCAGGAAACUACACUGUUUGGCAUUUCAGGCGUUUAAUACUGAAGGCGCUUAGUGCUGAUUUACAGAAUGAACUUGAUUUCACUGAAGAUAUUGCAAAGGCUAACUCAAAAAAUUAUCAGUUAUGGCAUCAUAGACGGUGGGUUGCUGAGAUAUUGGGAACUAAUGCUACAAGGCAGGAACUUGAGUUCACCAAGAAGAUACUUUCCCAUGAUGCUAAACAUUAUCAUGCUUGGUCUCAUAGGCAGUGGGUUCUUCAGGAGCUCGGAGGGUGGGAGGAUGAACUUGACUAUUGUCAUGAGCUCCUUGAAGAAGAUGUCUUUAACAAUUCUGCUUGGAAUCAGAGAAAUUUUGUCAUUACAAGAUCUCCAUUCCUGGGAGGCCUAAAAGCUAUGAGAGAGUCUGAAGUGUCUUAUACUCUGAAGGCCAUUGUAGCCCACCCUGAGAAUGAAAGUUCAUGGAGAUACCUUCGGGGGCUUUACAAAAAUGACAAUCAGUCUUGGAUGAAGAAUACUCAAAUAUCUUCAGUAUGCUUGAAGAUUUUAAUUGCCAAAACCGACUGUAUCUUUGCUUUAAGCACACUUUUGGAUCUCAUAUGCCAUGGUUUCCAAGCAAGCCAAGAGUUCAGAGAUGCCGUGGAUGCUCUAAGAAAUUCAGACUUGGCACAAGCAGAAUCUGACUUGGCCAAAACUAUUUGCUCUCUCUUGGAAACGGUCGAUCCAAUAAGAGUUAACUAUUGGAAGUGGCGUAAGAGCAUGCUUUGCCAAGAUGCUAACUAA